UUUCCAGAAAUUAAAAUCAUAUACCAAUGCGGCUACAUUUCUAUCAUCUUGGGAAUGAAAAAAGGAGCCCCCCCUUCUUGUUGGCAGUGGUAAUUCCACUUGAAACAAGGCGAUUGUUCUUCCCUACAAUCUGCAAGUUUAUCGCGGCCGGAACCAUAGCUGUAUCAUAUACGGUACGCUCACUCAGUCUAACGGGCGAAGCUGCCCUACAUAACUUAAGAAGCGCUGCGUUGGCUGACUCGCUGCCCGUUCUCUCCACGUCGCUCCAUUCCAACCCUCCCUCCUUUCCCCGCUUCAAGGACCCGGAAACAGAAAGAAAGAAAUACUACAGUUACCUCCCCCCAUCGGUACGCUACAGCUGCGAAGGAAACAGCAAGUUUACAUAACUACCGUACCGUAUCCAUACCGAGAUCUCAAUAAAACACUCGGGGAAGCUCCCAAUUCCACUGCUGUUUGACACAUUAACCCUACAUAAAGUGAAGCAACCUCUUCAGAGUAAAAUCAGGACCCCCCUCCCGAGUGCAUCCGUGUGUGGUCAUAGGCACGCGGCAAAAAAAAGAAGUGGUCGUCGUGGUUUCCUCAACGGACGGGCGAAAAAAGCCAAAACCAAAGCCACAGCCAAGUUUGGUUUGCGGUUUCCUAUCCAACCAACACAUCGCACGCUAUUUCUCUCUCCUUGUUCCUUCCUUCGCUCACUUCCCCCCGGCCCGCAUUUCUGGCAGCUCGCCAUCUCUACUCAGCAUAGCCCUCGACAUCCGGAAAUCCGCAGCAAAGCACAGCUAGUGCAACACAAAUCUCCCCCGGCCACUACGACAAAAAUAUAAUUUGCCUUCUGCACGCUUCCUCGUCCUCUCCUCUCCUCUCCUAUAUUUUCUUUCAGUAACUCCGUUACCUUGCCAACUGUUGCACGUACGCACCCCUCGCAAACUUCUUGUCCGCUCUCGCAUCGAGUCCGUUUCUUGUUGAAGCUCUUGUACCUUGGUGUGGAUACAUUAAAUAUGCCUCUUUGCGGCUCAAACAAGGUUGCGAAUACUACUCCCUGUUCUGUAUCUGCUUUGGUUUUUUUUUCUCCCUCUUUCCCGCAAAUCCUUUAGCUCGGCUUUGCGAGCGUAGGCAGGCAGGAUGAAAUUCUUGUGGGUGGGAGCGGUUUUUCGCUAACGGUUUCCCUCUUUUUUGUGUUUGCAGACUAUCCAGCGAAAAAUCGUCCUGCUAGGUUCGUUUGUCGGUGGGUAGGUUUGUGCGUGGGUAGAGGAUUGGCUCGCUGAUUGGAGUGUGUGUAACUUUAGGCGAUGGUGCUUGCGGAAAAACAUCAUUGCUGAAUGUUUUCACAAGAGGGUGAGCAGUUGGUCCGCUCAAUGCUUUGGAGGGAACAACGAGGACAUGUCCAGAGAGGCCAAUGGGAGGAUAAAAACUGAUUGGGUUGUGGGGGUUAGGUACUUCCCGCAGGUUUAUGAACCAACGGUAUUUGGUGAGUCGAUUCCCCGUGUGGAUAACACUUCUCUUGGGGAUCUGAUGGACUAAUUGGUUGUUUGUGAAACAGAAAACUACGUACAUGGUGUGUGAUUCCACUGCUGCAGGGACAACCCUGGAAUGUUACCUCUAACGUCGGUUGAACGACAUUAGAUAUCUAUGUAGACAAUACACACAUUGAGCUCUCGCUCUGGGAUACCGCCGGGCAGGAAGAAUUUGACAGGUUACGAUCAUUGUCAUACAGUGAUACGCACACUAUCAUGCUAUGUUUUAGUGUACGUCGCGAUGGCCAUUGAUUCGGCGUACCUUGCUAGUUAUUCCCCCUGCAUUCGUGCUGAUAGCUAUGCACAGGUCGACUCCCGCGACUCCCUAGAGAACGUAGAGUCAAAGUGGGUGGGCGAGAUCGCAGACAAUUGUCAGGGUGUCAAGCUCGUCUUGGUAGCACUGAAAUGUGAUUUGAGAGAAGCCGGUGAUGGUGAUGGGCCGGAAAAAAGUGUUCCUGGUGGUUUCAUUCAGUAUCCCGAGGGGUUAGCUGUAGCUGAAAGAAUAAAGGUGAGGGCCGUCGGGGGAUGUCUUAUAUAUAUUUUUGAAUACUUUGUGCUGACUUGCUCAUUCUCAAAGGCACUGCGCUAUCUGGGUAGGAAGAAUAACUCGAGAUAUUGUGUUGACGCGUAAACUAAUCACCAAAAUUCAGAAUGCUCUGCGAAGAUGAACAGAGGAGUUAACGAAGCGUUCACAGAAGCUGCCCGGGUAGCCCUCAGCGCGAACGCUAAGGGCAGUAAGGAGUCAGGGCGCAGGGGAUGUGUCAUUAUGUGAUGAGCACGACGGUGGCAGCGGUAGUGAGGAUGGAUGUGUUGUAUGAAAAGAGAGGAGUUGGGAUAUGAAAUGGGGGGGGGGGGGGGCGGAAAAGAAGAAGAAAGGAGUGACAAACUUACGGGUUGGGGAUGGGGUCGUUAUCCUAUUCUCGGGGAGUUUUUUUUUUCUCUCUUGUCUAUUGAGGAGAAAUAUGGCCUUAUUGGCAAUACGAGAAUUCGAUAUGAGUAAUGAUGGGGAUGUCUCGUUUACUCCCAUACCGGUAUCCUUUUUCUUUUUCUUUUCUCCCUUCCAGAAAAAGAGGGACCCUCUUUCGCAGCGGUCGCUCUUCUCUUUGCUUCUCUUUUCAGUCUUUCUUCACAAUUUGUGUCGACAGGAGCCUCCUCUUUCUUACAAUGUGUUUUUUUCUUAUAUCUUGCCACUUUAUAUUCUCAUACUUCCUCACGGUGGACUCUUGGUGCUUUACUUUUUCCCUCUUUUGCCUUUUCUUUUUGGGAGCGAGCGAGGUUGCUGGUAUGUGCUUUUUUUUUGUAUAUUAUAGGUAUUAGUAUUCCCCCCCCCUCUUCUACUCUUCCCUCGGCAGCAGCAGCAGAAGCACGGGAUCCCGCGUCUCAGCUCGAUGGAUCGGAAAAGGGGGGGAAGGGUCUCAUGACAGGCAGAAGAGAUGCGUUUUUUUAUUUUUUAUGAUCUGGUUCGAUGGUACGGUAUGGUGAGGGUGUAUACCGUACCGUAAGGUAGGUAAGGUAAUAAGGUAUUGGGAGAUGGAUGAGUGGGUGAGUAUAUGGAAUAUAUAUAUGCUCUCUCUAUCUGGCGGAACAAAUCUGAUAUGUAUUCCGCCUGCUUGUGCAUGGCAUGGCAUGACAUGGAAUGAGUAGACUGCCGUAUGGGAAGGGGGCAAGGGAAGAUCUAGCUACCGUAGCGAGCUAGCUAGGUAAGAAUGGUAGGUCAAAAAGAAAAAAAAAGGAAGGGAAGAAGGGAAGAAGGGAGAAGCAGAAGCAGAAGCAAGUCAUUUACUGUACCCCACAUUAAAUCCUCCAUCCAUCAUAUUUCCGUUCCUGAGUUACUAUUGGCUAGGUAUAGGUUUGGGGGUACAAGUGCUGUACCAUACGGUACGGUAGUUGAUCAUGAACGAACGAGCGAACGGACAGACUAACUAAUGUAC